AUGACAAAGAUCAACGCUCUCCGUCGUUGUCUCCUCCCGUGCCUCACACCUCCGACGAAUCCAACCCCCGCAUCAUCAUCCACCACCGUAGCAUCAUCAUCCAAGAAACGUCUCAGCACUUCCCUCAGAGACGACAUCGACGUUCAAGACUCCGCCUCUUCCUCCGAGGCCACCUCCUUCCCCGCCUCCGUAGACUCAGACCACCUCUCCCCCGUCACGUCGCAACCGCAGAGACCGUCGAGGACGAUGGUGAUCGGCACGCUUUUCGGGAGGAGAAAGGGACACGUGUGGUUAUGUGUCCAACACGACCGUCUCUCCGUGAAACCCCUCCUCCUCCUCGAACUCUCCAUCACGACGAACCAGCUAGUUCAAGAAAUGGGCUCGGGUCUUGUCCGCGUCGCUCUCGAGUGCCCGACCCGACCGGAGUUAAAGUCUUGCCUGCUGAGAUCCGUACCGGUUUGGACUAUGUUCUGCAACGGGAGGAAGUCAGGUUUUGCUGUGAGGAGGAGCGCCAGUGAAGAGACGAGGGUGAUGCUGAAGAGGUUGCAGUCUACGACGGUUGGAGCGGGCGUGUUGCAAGCCGGAUCCGGGUCGGGUGAAGCGGAUCUUGACGAGGUUAUGUAUAUGAGGGCGAAUUAUGAACAUGUUGUUGGUAGCUCUGACUCGGAGUCUUUCCAUCUCAUUAACCCUGACGUUGACUCUGCUCAAGAACUCAGCAUCUUCUUGCUUAGGACGUCUUCCUAA